GCCCGGACCGAAAGCUCAGCUCCAGGAUGGCUGCGCCUGGGCCCCGGCGUCCCCUGCCCGGAACCGGAGGAGUGGUUUGACCCGGGGCGAGACCAUCGUCGACAGCGGGGGUGGGGUGGGUAACAGGAAUAGGCGGGCAAGGCUGCGGGUGAUGGUUUCGCCCGCUGCUAGUGGUGGUGCGCCUGCGCAGAGCCGGAAGCCCUUUGGUAGGCGGGACCCGACCGAGUGGUGCCGGGAUUCCGUCUUAACCCCCCCUAAGGUGUCCAGUGACCUUUCCUUACCGACUGCGGGGAGUGUGUGGAAAUGCGGUUCACUCCCCGGUUUCCUUAUUCUGGAUCAAUGUCUGACCCCCCCCGGGAGAAUGUCAGGAUUCUCGCCUCUAACCGCCUUCCAUGAUCCCUCAUUCAGUUUAGACCAGUAAUGUGCCUGUGACCCCUCACAGGUUGUCAAGGAGAAUUUUGGAGCUCCCUCUUUACCUCCAUUUUUCUCCCUGCAACACCAUACCUUCCUUCUCCUUUUGCUAUGACAAUGUCUGGUAGUCCACCAUUACCUUCCCAGUUCGGCUCAAUGUCUGGUCAUUUCCAUUUCCACCCUUCUUCUCAUUACAGUCCCUAGUGACGCCUGUUACAUCUCCCUUCCGCAUAGUAUGUAGUGACCUCCCCCCCAUGAAUUCCUUAUCAUAGAGUCUUGGGACUCCCAUUAGCCACCUAACACGGUGUCUGUGGUCCUAACAUCAACAUUACACUCCAGGGCUUAGGGAUGUCCACAGCGCCCUUUAAGGACAUGUUUGGUGCAACCUCCAUCUUCCCCAAACUAAGGGCAGUAUCUGAUAAUCCUCUCUUUCCCAUCACCCUGCCUGCGGCUCCUCCCUCACCACAGUAUCUGGCAUUUCCCCCGUUCUCUGUUAAAAAGCCAGAACACUUUGGGAGGCUGAGGCGAGUGGAUCACCUGAGAUCAGGAGUUCGAGACCAGCCUGGCCAACAUGGUGAAACCCCGUCUCUACUAAAAAUACAAAAAAUUAGCCGGGCGUGGUGGCACGCGCCUGUAGUUCCAGCUACUCAGGAGGCUGAGGCGGGAGAUUGGCUUCAACCUGGAAGGUGGAGGUUGCAGUGAGCUGAGACCGUGCCAUUGCACUCCAGCCUGGGCAACAAGAGCGAAACUCCGUCAAAAAAAAAAAAAAAGAAAAAAAAAAAAACAGGACAUUCUGUUCGUGCUUCUUAUGUACCUGACAGCUCAGUGCAGUGUGUACUGACUUACCCAUUGGUCCCCAGCACAGAGUCUUGUGUGCUCCUGUACCCUCCAGGACAGUAUGCUCUGUCCCCCUUACCUGUUCUCUCCCCCCCAACCCUGUACAGUGAAGCUGAGACCUUGGCACUCAAGAGUGGGACAAGCAAUAGGAGGGUCUGAGCAGAGGAGGAACUGGAAGGACUUCAGAUGAGCCCCAUGGCACCUGCCCAGCCCCACCUCAGCCCAUCUUGACAAAAUCUAAGGCUCCAUGGAGCCACCACGCGGCCCCCCUGCCAAUGGGGCCGAGCCAUCCCGGGCAGUGGGCACCGUCAAAGUGUACCUGCCUAACAAGCAACGCACGGUGGUGACUGUCCGGGAUGGCAUGAGUGUCUACGACUCUCUAGACAAGGCCCUGAAGGUGCGGGGUCUAAAUCAGGACUGCUGUGUGGUCUACCGACUCAUCAAGGGACGAAAGACCGUCACUGCCUGGGACACAGCCAUUGCUCCCCUGGAUGGCGAGGAGCUCAUUGUCGAGGUCCUUGAAGAUGUCCCGCUGACCAUGCACAAUUUUGUACGGAAGACCUUCUUCAGCCUGGCGUUCUGUGACUUCUGCCUUAAGUUUCUCUUCCAUGGCUUCCGUUGCCAAACCUGUGGCUACAAGUUCCACCAGCAUUGUUCCUCCAAGGUCCCCACAGUCUGUGUUGACAUGAGCACCAGCCGCCAACAGUUCUACCACAGUGUCCAGGAUUUGUCCGGAGGCUCCAGACAACAUGAGGCUCCCUCGAACCGCCCCCUGAAUGAGUUGCUAACCCCCCAGGGUCCCAGCCCCCGCACCCAGCACUGUGACCCGGAGCACUUCCCCUUCCCUGCCCCAGCCAAUGCCCCCCUACAGCGCAUCCGUUCCACAUCCACUCCCAACGUCCAUAUGGUCAGCACCACGGCCCCCAUGGACUCCAACCUCAUCCAGCUCACUGGCCAGAGUUUCAGCACUGAUGCUGCCAGUAGUAGAGGAGGUAGUGAUGGAACCCCCCGGGGGAGCCCCAGCCCAGCCAGCGUGUCCUCAGGGAGGAAGUCCCCACAUUCCAAGUCACCAGCAGAGCAGCGCGAGCGGAAGUCCUUGGCCGAUGACAAGAAGAAAGUGAAGAACCUGGGGUACCGGGACUCAGGCUAUUACUGGGAGGUACCACCCAGUGAGGUGCAGCUGCUGAAGAGGAUUGGGACGGGCUCGUUUGGCACCGUGUUUCGAGGGCGGUGGCAUGGCGAUGUGGCUGUGAAGGUGCUCAAGGUGUCCCAGCCUACAGCUGAGCAGGCCCAGGCUUUCAAGAAUGAGAUGCAGGUGCUCAGGAAGACGCGACAUGUCAACAUCUUGCUGUUUAUGGGCUUCAUGACCCGGCCAGGAUUUGCCAUCAUCACACAGUGGUGUGAGGGCUCGAGCCUCUACCAUCACCUGCAUGUGGCCGACACACGCUUCGACAUGGUCCAGCUCAUCGACGUGGCCCGGCAAACUGCCCAGGGCAUGGACUACCUCCAUGCCAAGAACAUCAUCCAUCGAGAUCUCAAGUCUAACAACAUCUUCCUACAUGAGGGGCUCACGGUGAAGAUUGGUGACUUUGGCUUGGCCACAGUGAAGACUCGAUGGAGCGGGGCCCAGCCCUUGGAGCAGCCCUCAGGCUCUGUGCUGUGGAUGGCAGCUGAGGUGAUCCGUAUGCAGGACCCAAACCCCUACAGCUUCCAGUCAGACGUCUAUGCCUACGGGGUUGUGCUCUACGAGCUUAUGACUGGCUCACUGCCUUACAGCCACAUUGGCUGCCGUGACCAGAUUAUCUUUAUGGUGGGCCGUGGCUAUCUGUCCCCGGACCUCAGCAAAAUCUCCAGCAACUGCCCCAAGGCCAUGCGGCGCCUGCUGUCUGACUGCCUCAAGUUCCAGCGAGAGGAGCGGCCCCUCUUCCCCCAGAUCCUGGCCACAAUUGAGCUGCUGCAACGGUCACUCCCCAAGAUUGAGAGGAGUGCCUCGGAACCCUCCUUGCACCGCACCCAGGCCGAUGAGUUGCCUGCCUGCCUACUCAGCGCAGCCCGCCUUGUGCCUUAGGCCCCGCCCAAGCCACCGGGGAGCCAAUCUCAGCCCUCCAUGCCAAGGAGCCUUGCCCACCAGCCAAUCAAUGUUCGUCUCUGCCCUGAUGCUGCCUCAGGAUCCCCCAUUCCCCACCCUGGGAGAUGAGGGGGUCCCCAUGUGCUUUUCCAGUUCUUCUGGAAUUGGGGGACCCCCCCAAAGACUGAGCCCCCUGUCUCCUCCAUCAUUUGGUUUCCUCUUGGCUUUGGGGAUACUUCUAAAUUUUGGGAGCUCCUCCAUCUCCAAUGGCUGGGAUUUGUGGCAGGGAUUCCACUCAGAACCUCUCUGGAAUUUGUGCCUGAUGUGCCUUCCACUGGAUUUUGGGGUUCCCAGCACCCCAUGUGGAUUUUGGGGGGUCCCUUUUGUGUCUCCUCUGCCAUUCAAGGACUCCUCUCUUUCUUCACCAAGAAGCACAGAAUUCUGCUGG